AUGGCCGUCUGCGGAAUCGCGUUCAAUGGGGCUUCUGAUUGCCGCGGGUUCCUGCGAGUUCGCACAGCGCGGCCUUUGAAGCGGUUGAAGGCCCCCAGUGGUGCAUCCCUUCCGCGCAGGGCCUACCUGCCGUUUCAAACGCGGUGCUUCUCCGAUGGGAGAACGGCUACAGAGUCCGGGCCACGAGAGGACGGCCUCCGGAGUCCUGGCUCCGAGGAAGAAUCUGAUUUGACGGAUUUGGGCCCGGUUAUGAGGUUUAGGAUGUCAGAUUUCUCCACCUGCAAUCACGUGAGCAUUGGCCUUGCCGGCAGGGUAAUACUUGCACGUUUCCAUUUGUGUUAAAGGCUUGAGCCUACCGAUAAUUACUUCGUUGCUUCGUUGAUCUUUCCAAUAUCGUGCCAAUCUUGUCAUUUCUGUUCAUCCCGUCGUGGUUUUGCGAUGUAGGGGGAUGAGAUGAUCUUUGAAGCCAUAGUUAAAGAUCCAGACAGGUGUGUUCAAUCUUCUGCUUUCUAUUUUACCUCUGAACAUUUAUUGAGACUGGUGUUCUAUCAUCCAUUCUCUAAUCAGAUCAUUCCAGUUCUUUUCCACACUCUCUUAACAAGAGUAUAUUCUGUCCCUUGCAGUACACUGUACCAGUCGAGAGUUGUUCUUCGGCAGCUUACCACAUCCCAUUCACAGCGUAGGGGGCGACGGGCACUCGAGGUAGUCUUUGCCUCCUGUUGAUUGAAUCUUUCCUAUGGAAACAAUCAUUUCUGCAAGUCUCUUCUAGUUAUUCUCUUGUCAUAUUUCCUCCAUAUUUUCCGGAUAAUUGAAUGCUUCUGUUUACGACAUGAUAGGUUCUGAAGAAGCUCGCACGUCUACAGCUCAUGUAUCACUCAUAUGCUAUGCAAGUUUAUGGCUACUUGUAUCAAUCGGACAAGGAAGACCACGGAUCGUUCACGCUGGUGCACGGGGUGAGCACCAGAGCCAUUGUUUAUUUUCUGUUUUCCCAUUUCUGUUUUCCGUCAAAUUGUAAUGAUUCAUAGUUGUCUUGGUCGAGUUUAUUUUUCCUGCACUUCAUGGAGCCUCCUUUUGUCUCUGCAAAAGCUCGAUCUUGAGAAAUCGCUUAUUUAUUAAACUGAUGCUAACGUUUCCGCAAGGGUUUGGGGCAGAUUUCACUCUUUGAUGCUCUUAUGUCUCACACUGCAGUACCAUGGAAGUUACUCUCUGAAACACUGGCUCCAACUAUCCGAUUGGCUCCCAACGUUAGAAGCCACCUUGGCACUGGAUGAAGAAUGGGUCAGGAGGGUUGGUGACGACAGAGUAGGAGGACCUGCUGUUACUCGUCAACUGAGAAUUACCCGUAUCCUCAUGAGGGAUCUCUUGAUUGGAGUAUGUUUGGUUCCACUAUAACGUGGUCUUAUCUAAGCUUUUUUGUUCUUCUAAUUUAUUUACGUAUCCUAUACUGCUAGCUGACUUUGGAAGGUGACCUACUUCUCUUGUGCGCCUACUCAGGUGAAUUACCUCCACAGUCAUGGGCUGGCCCAUACGCAACUGAGACUUGAGAACUUGCAUAUCAGCCCGGUGGACAGACAUGUAAAAGUAAGCUGGGACUGCGGAAAAUGGAUUUUCCUUUGUUUUCUAGCCACUGAAAUAUCGUAUAUGUUGCUUAUUUUGACGCUUGCGUCUCACGGUGUUUAUGGAUUUUUUGUGUGUGUUUAUUUGUGGCAUUUUGAUGUCAGUCUGCACUCUUGUCUAGACGCAGCGUUCAGAGUGUGACAUUGAUGGAAAAGCAGAAAAGAAGUAUGGCGCCGCAGUUCUUUUCACAGUUUAUUGUCCGAAACCUAUGGAACAGAUAUGCUGUUUUAAGUAAUAAUGCCUUCUUGAAAGGCGAGAGCUUUGUGCCCGGAUGUGAAUGCCUGAGCGAGUUUAAUAUUUGUUUCCGCCCAAUAGAAAUGUUAUAUGCGUUGAAAAGUGAAUUGAACGAACUAGCUUAGGUGCUUCGUCAGUCAUGUUUUUGAUGUGUUUGCUCAUCUGUAUUUGGCAUGAUCCUUUGUCAGGUUGGCAUUCUGGGAAACGCAGUCGAUUUCUAUGACAGCAGUCUAAAUGGCACUGCGGAUGCAAAGUCAGACAGAAGGCAACUCAUGAUUGCAUUUGACAUGAGGUCUGACAACAACAAUUGCUCAAACUCUGUCGAGUGAUAAUUCCAAUCUAUCACAUCUAACUUUCCGUUCCUUAUAGAUGCGUGGGGUUCAUCAUGGCAAAAAUGGUGUUGCGAGAGCUCAUGGACCCUGCAGUCUUUAUAAAUUUCAAAUCUUUUCUCACUAAGGCAAGCACAAUUCUUUUUAUUUUUGGUUUUGUGUUUCCAUACGGCUCUUCAAAUUCUUUUUUUCUUUCCCCUGACAAUGCAGGGAAAUGAUCCGUCCUGCUUGAGAGAGCACCUACUCCCAAUUUUGUGCAGAAAUUCUCCCUCUGGAAAUGCCGGAUUGCAGGUUUUCCCUUCUUCUCAAACCCAGUAAUAUCUAAAAGUGGAACGACAGCUGCUUCCCUCUACUCUCGACCAACUUAUAGAGUAAUAAGAGCUUCACGCUGCCUUUUGUAGAUGCUAGACAGGAACUGGGGUGCCGGUUGGAACCUGUUAUCCCUGCUGCUUGCUACGAAGCCUUCUGAGAGAAUAAGGUAUAUCAUGGUGCCCACUACAUUCUCCUUUACAAAAAAGUCAUCAGAUCUUCUUAAGCCCUAUCAACUUCCCCACCCCCCACCCCAAAAUAAAUAAAUAAAUAAAUCCUACCUCAGGAUGUGAUUUUACUGGAUUCUGAAUUUUCUUGCAGUUGUCGUGAUGCCUUGAGACACCCAUUUUUAUGCGGGCCAAGGUGGCGGAUAGAACCAUCUGUGAAUAUCAUAAGAUGGGGCCUCGGUUCAACCGUAGUCAAGAUUGCAGAGGAAUAUAUCUACAGCCAACCCCAGGUGGAUACCGCCGCACAUUUCUUUUUAGUCGCUAUUGGGCAUUUAUUUGUACAUUCCCGCCUCAAGCACCUGAAACUCUUCUGGAGGAGCUCAUUCUUGAAAUGGUUCACCAUCUGAUCGAUUUGAUCUCCUUUAAUGGCUUUUUUUUUUUUUUACAGAGGAGCAGACUAGCUCACUUCAUCGAAUUGAUGGAGAUGAUGAACCCGCAUUCAAAUCCCGCGGUAAUCAUCUCCUCGGGCGAUCACCCCCCCAAGAAUCAUACCGAUAGAUAAUCUUCGAUCUAGCAUUCAAAAAAUAAUCUGAUUUUUUCAAUCACAGGAUUGGGUGGAGCUCCUUCCGGGGAGAUGGCGCCUGCUCUACUCCACCGGACGGCACAUCGGGCUGACCCUUCGGCAGACGCCUUCCAGAGUUCUGAUCGGCGAUGCCCACCUCACCUUCGAGUCCCCCACCGGCGGCGCCACCUUCUCUGCCGCCUCCGAAGUCGGCUUCAAGGCCAUGGCCAUGAACCAGUGGCCCCACGACAAGUCCGGCGUCAGCGGAAGGCUACGCGCCGUCCCUUCCUCCUUCGAUCUGUCCCAAGGGAGGCGGCUCUUCAUGGACGAAGCAGCGGCUCAGGAGGAGUCCGCUGCUCGGGAGCUGCUGGAGAGGAAGUGGAAGAAGAUGGGCUCCGGCCGGAGGAUCCCGUUGAGCCUUCCGGCGGCGAAGUUUGUGGCGGGCGACGUCGACGUGGAGCUGACCUUCGACUCUUCCCUCCCCAGCGUUGACCUCGCCAAAGGCGUCCUCCGAGAAGUCCGGAUUCAGAUCCCCCCCGCAAUGUUCGACCUGAGUAGGAUAGUCUGCGGCACAUAUCUGGACGCCAGGCUUCUCGUUCUUCGCGUGAUCGAUGGAUCCGCUCUUCUCUUCGCCCGCUCCUGCUUCCAUGAUCCAUAG